CUCGCGAACCCAUCAUUUUAUUUUAGUUGACCACAAGUCCGCCGUCGGACCAGACGCGCUUUUAGAAAAUGACAACAUAGAAAUUAAUAAAAAAUAACAAACAUCAAACAACAAUUUUCUGUUGGUAGUCAAAAGUUAUAUUAGUGUUAUUACUCCGUUUACUGUUUCUCUUUGGAUAUUUUUAUCGAGCAGAAGACCGGAUCUUAAUUGCCUUGAACUUACGUUAUAUUCUUGUGUAUUUUCCUCGUUUGCCUGCCGAGAUGAUUUCAAGAAUUUGUUUCGUGCUUUUUUUAGCGCCAUGUGUGCUCGGCAACGGUGAUCCCAUCGACCCGGAGACCCUGCACAAUGUGUUCGGCUACCCGCAGUACAAUACAGCGGCAUCUAAUGUGGCGACAACGACCCUUAGCCAAGUGCUACCGGUUCAACCAGUCAACUCCACCCUCACCGACCCAGACUACUGGGAUGUGGACGAGCUGCCCUCCGCUGCCGUCGCAGACUACGACAAAUUUGACUGGGUUCUGACAAAGCGCGUCGCGUCCAACUCAAAUGUGAAUUUCUUGAUAUCCCCGUUGGGUUUGAAGUUGGCGCUGGCUAUCCUGGCUGAGGCUGCCACCGGCCUUACCAGGUCGGAGCUCUCCUCCGUGUUGGGCUUCGAGGUGGACAGACACGCUGUUAGGAGAAAGUUCUCCACUAUUGUGGAGUCAUUGCAGAAAAAAUCGCCUCAGUACAUCCUCAAUCUCGGCAGCAGGAUCUAUGUGGAGGACAGUGCUCAGCCAAGGCAGCGGUUUGCAGCAAUCGCACAACAAUUCUAUCAGACCGAGCUGACCUCCAUCAACUUCCACAACCCACAAGCAGCGGCUGCUUCUAUCAACGCAUGGGUGUCUAACACAACGCAAGGGAAAAUCAACAAUUUGGUAGAUCCAGACGACAUAUCCAACAUGGUGGUAAUGAUCCUCAACACGAUAUACUUCAAGGGCACCUGGCGUCACCAGUUUGAUCCCAACUCCACCAAGGAAGGAGUAUUCUACACAACCCCUAACCAGCGCAAACCCGUCCAGUUUAUGCGUGUCAAAGACAAAUUCUAUUACGCGGAAUCGACCAAGUUCGACGCUAAGAUAUUGAGGAUGUCAUACAUUGGCAACAAAUACGCGAUGUACGUGAUAGUUCCGAAUUCAUUGACCGGUCUGAAUAUGGUGAUGGAGGGGCUCAGCACUCUCCGGCCGGAGAUGGACUCGCUGCACGAGCGACUCGUCGACGUCACAAUGCCCAAAUACAAGUUCGACUAUAGCUCGGAGUUGGAUGCGGUUCUUAGAGAGUUGGGCGUACGGCAAGCGUUUGAGGACACAGCAUCGUUUCCUGGCAUCGCGCGCGGGCAGACACUGGCGCAGCGGCUGCGUGUCUCCAGGGUGCUGCAGCGUUCCGGUAUCGACGUCAAUGAGCUAGGCAGCGUCGCGUACACAGCUACAGAAAUAGCGCUGGCGAACAAAUUCGGCGAAGAUAACGAGAGCAGCGUGGAAGUGAUCGCCAACAAGCCAUUCUUCUUCUUCAUACAGGACGAGGCCACCAGGCAACUGCUGUUCACCGGCAGGGUCUCCGACCCCUCCAUCGUCGAUGGCGCCUUCAAGCACUGAUGUAGUUUUAGAACAGUUUUGUAAAAAAUAAACUUUUUCAAAGUUUACCGUCGGUGUUACAUUUCAUUUGUUCACGUGGAAAGUAUUUUCUAUUGUGUUUAAGCUGCAACUUUUAGGAAUUUGCGUACCUUCAGUAUAUCUGUGAGUGUAAGUGAGC